AUGGGCAAGUGCUGCAUCCGCGGUGGCCGGCAGCCCCGAGGAUCCCACAAUGUGCCCGUUUGUUGUCCCAGUUCUCCCGCUUCCCCCCUUCCCCGUACUCUCGGGACUCCCACGCCCGGUUUGCCCGGUUCCCCGUGUCCGGCGCUCCGGGACCCCCGUGCCCAGGUGCCCCCGUGGGGUAUUCCCCGUGCCCGGCCGGUGCCAGGUACGGUCCGUCCCCCGCCCCGCUCCUCCUCCCCUCUCCUCUCCUCUCCGCCCCGUCCCGUCCCUCCUCCCCCGGGAAAGCGAAAGCGCGGCGGGCGGAAGCCGAGCGCUCCCCGCCGGGCCGCGCCGCGCCGCACCGGGGCCGCUCCGCGCCCGGGGCCACCAUGGCUUCCAUCGGCAACUUCUUCCGACGGAGCCUGCGGCGCUCCGGCCGCAGAGGUGAGCGUCGGGAGGGGACACCGGGGAGCACAGCCCCCCGCCGGGGGGGGCCGGUGCCGGGUAUGGGUGCCGGUGCCAGUGCCGGUGCCGAUGCCGGUGACGGUGUCGGUGUCGGGCCCGGUGCCGGUGCCAGCCCCGGCGCCGCGGCUGCGGGAACCGACGGCUGCCGGCAGAGAGGGGACUUUCCCGGGCAGCGCAGCGCGCCCACGCCGGGUGGGACCGAAGGGUCGGGGCCCGGCACCGGCACCGGCUCGGUCUCCUCAAGCCCUGCCAUAG